AUGGGGACUGUAAUAAGCACUGUUGCAGCAGCUGUAAUAAGCACUGUUGCAGCAGCUGUAAUAAGCACUGUUGCAGCAGCUGUAAUAAGCACUGUUGCCGCAGCUGUAAUAAGCACUGUUGCAGCAGCUGUAAUAAGCACUGUUGCAGCAGCUGUAAUAAGCACUGUUGCAGCAGCUGUAAUAAGCACUGUUACCGCAGCUGUAAUAAGCACUGUUGCAGGAGCUGUAAUAAGCACUGUUGCCGCAGCUGUAAUAAGCACUGUUGCCGCAGCUGUAAUAAGCACUGUUGCAGCAGCUGUAAUAAGCACUGUUGCAGCAGCUGUAAUAAGCACUGUUGCAGCAGCUGUAAUAAGCACUGUUGCAGCAGCUGUAAUAAGCACUGUUGCAGCAGCUGUAAUAAGCACUGUUGCAGCAGCUGUAAUAAGCACUGUUACCGCAGCUGUAAUAAGCACUGUUGCAGCAGCUGUAAUAAGCACUGUUACCGCAGCUGUAAUAAGCACUGUUGCAGCAGCUGUAAUAAGCACUGUUGCAGCAGCUGUAAUAAGCACUGUUGCAGCAGCUGUAAUAAGCACUGUUGCAGCAGCUGUAAUAAGCACUGUUGCAGCAGCUGUAAUAAGCACUGUUGCAGCAGCUGUAAUAAGCACUGUUGCCGCAGCUCAAGUGGACAAUGGUGUAAGUGUAAACAAUAUUGCAGAAGCAAUAAACACUAUGCAGGAGUAUACCAUGCAGGUGGUGUAA